UGCUUCUUGUUCAAUGUUAAUUAAUCUCGGGCAAAUACUGUCAUCAUUAAUAGCUCAUAUCUCCCCACCGCGAUCUACCUGCUCAGUCUGAGUUCAGUGCCGAGACGAUCGUUGGGCGAAUGAGAUGUUGUGCGGCGUGUCUUUUUUUUUUAAUUAAAAACGUGCACUAGAAAAAGGAGAAGAAACUUUAAAUGAGUACAUAAAUUCCUUUAUGACCCUCGCGACCCUGAAUUCAGUGUCUGUGUUAUCAGUGCGAUUUGGAUUUGUUUGCAGAGCGUCUUCAACUUCUCUAUUGAACCAUGAAAUGUGAUAGUGCAUUCGAGACACUGCGCAGAAAGAAGCCCCUCGGCGAAACUGUGAAUGCCACCACGAAGCUCGCCAAGGUCCUUACCACCCUUGAUCUCACCGCUUUGGGGAUAGGUAGCACGCUGGGCGUGGGUGUGUACGUCUUGGCAGGUGAAGUGAGUAAAACUACGGCGGGCCCGGCAGUGAUCCUUAGCUUUGCCAUUGCGGCGAUUGCGUCGGUGUUCGCAGGCCUAUGCUAUGCUGAGUUCGGGGCCAGAGUACCCAAGGCGGGUUCAGCCUACAUCUAUAGCUAUGUGACCAUCGGCGAGUUCAUAGCCUUCGUUAUCGGUUGGAAUUUAGUGUUGGAGUACGCAAUUGGCUCGGCGAGUGUGGUCAAAGGCUUGAGCACGUACUUGGACUCCUUGAUAGAUCAUGCCAUGAGUGAUGCCUUCAAGUCCUUCGCCGCAAUGCACGCCGACGCUCUUGGUGAUUAUGUGGAUUUUUUUGCCUUCAGCGCGACCAUGAUCUUCUCACUGGCUCUGGCACUUGGUGUGCGGGAAUCCAUCUCCAUAAACAACAUCUUCACCCUCACAAAUCUCGCCGUGGUGCUUUAUGUCGUGGUCACGGGUGCCUUUCGUGCUGAUCCCGCCAACUGGAGAAUCCCCACAGAAGACGUGCCCACAGAUCGUGACCAGGACUUCGGAGUAGGCGGAUUUGCGCCUUACGGCUUCGCAGGCAUCAUUAAGGGCGCUGCAAUUUGCUUCUAUGGCUUCAUAGGCUUCGAUUGCAUCGCCACAGCUAGUGAAGAGGCUCGGAAUCCACGAAGAUCGAUUCCUCUGUCCAUCAUCAUCUCACUGAGUGUAAUCUUCGUGGCGUAUUUCUGCAUCUCCACUAUCCUCACAAUGAUGCUGCCCUAUUACGAUCAGGACGUCAACGCGCCCUUGCCACAUGUGUUCAGGUACUAUGGCUGGACUGUGGCGCAAUACAUCGUGAGCGUCGGAGCGAUCUUUGGGCUGUGCGCCAGUCUUAUGGGCGCAAUGUUUCCCCUGCCUCGCGUUAUCUACGCCAUGUCCAAUGACGGGCUCAUAUUCGAGUUUAUGGGACGCAUUCACCAGCGCUUCAAAACACCCCUGAUUGGCACCCUUGUGGCGGGAUUCCUCACUGGCACCCUCGCGGCGAUCUUCAAUCUGGAUCAAUUAGUCUCGAUGAUGUCUAUUGGCACCCUUCUGGCGUACUCAAUGGUGGCCGGAUGUGUUCUUCUUCUGCGAUACCAAACUGACGACUCAUCUGCAGAAAGCGUCUUCUCUUCUGGUCAGAUACUCAACCUGGCGAAGCUCGACACUCCCACGCGGACAACAUCGACUCUUGUAACGUGUUCAGUGUCAUUCUACGUCUUGUGGUGCCUGGGAUUAUCUUUGGUGAUCACACAGCUCGAAGAUAGCAUCGAUCAGUGGUACUCCAUUCUGCUACUCUGUCUCUUCAUCGUCCUCAUCAUCCUCACUCUCACCAUCAUCAGUCGCCAACCCCGAUCGAACAGAGACAUCGUCUUCACAGUGCCCUUAGUGCCUUGGCUUCCGGGCCUAUCGAUCUUGAUCAACAUUUACCUCAUGACUCAGCUUGAUGUCAUGACGUGGAUUCGGUUCGGUGUGUGGAUACUCGCAGGGCUCGUCAUUUACUUCGCCUACGGAAUUUGGCACAGCGAACUACGCCUCAAGGCACUGGCAAACAUCGCAGAUGCCAACAGCAGAAGUAACUUGGUUGACGAAAAAGCUUUCCCGGGCUUUGGAAAAGACGACACUCUGGCCACGAGAUUAUAAGAUGAUCAGGAGAAGAUUGUGAGGUCACAAAUGGCUGCACAAAGCUUAUACAUGUCAUCAGUCUAAAUAAAUUGAACAAAUAUCGUAUAUUGGCAAUUUAUGAGUAAGAAAACACGGUGGAAGAAUUUAAAAAAGCCAAUAAAUUAAUUAUAAGUAAAUAGUCAGUAUUAAUUGUAGCCGUGAAAUACAGUUUGUCGCUGAAAUCUCUAUAUAAAGUGAGCACAAAGGAAUUAUUGUAUCUUUCGAAAUAAUAAAAAUCCACAUCAUUUUCUUACACUUUCUUAAAGCGAUGUUGAUUUUGCAUUUAGAACUAGUAUUUUUCAAUUCAGAAAAGAAAAUAAAUUAUAAAUUCCAUUAAAAUGUCUUAACAAACUCGUUUCUUUUACAAUAGUUCUCAAACACGUGCGGAAUGAACGAUAAAUAAUUAAUUAUUCAUAUUAUUACACACAAAAGUGUGAUACAAAUAUUUGCAGCAGAUCAUUUGCCAUCAGGUGAGAUCGGUGAGAUAUUCUGUCUGCACAGCAGUGCGUGAUCUUUUCGUCUCUUCAUCAAUUCUGUGUGACAGUCGUUAGGGAUCAAUACAGAACAUGUGAGUGAGCGAUAAUCGCGAAAGAAUACGGAGUCUGUGCAAUAGAACAAGUGGAUUGAAUCAUCCAGUCGAUUCAAUGCCAUCUGAGUGCUCAGCAUUGGGAACACUUGGCGAUCUUCCUGCUUAUUUUUGGAGCGACUAUUAUAUGUGUGAGGAAAAAAAAGGCCUAAUCGCCCUUGCCAUGGCACUUCCGACCAAUGUUUCGCAUCAACACCACGCCGGGUGUGAGAAAUUUGCGUAUUUUCGCGCCGAAGUGCACUCAAAAGCUGGGUGCUCUUGAAGUGAUCGCGAGGGAGCAAGGAGUUGAAUUUUAUCGCCACCGGUCGACGAUCGCGCGACCGCAUCCUUGACCAUGUUGGAAAAAAGCGUGACAGUAUCUGCGACUGAAGCCACCACUGAAAUUCCUCGGCUGCAGUCAAUGUUCUGGGAAAUUUCCUCGAACGGGAAAGUGAUAGUGCACACUCAGGAGUCGCAGCACUUGCCAGAGGGGCCGCAAAAGAGCCCCCCCCCCCAUCGACUAGUGUUUCCAUCGAUUGACAAAUACACAGUGCGCGAAUUGAGAGCGUGAGAACGGAAAAAAGUCAGACCGGCAAAUAUAAAAUAAUAUAAAUAAAUAUCAUGUCAAUGUCAGGCAAUUUGAGAGUUCAAAUCAGCACACGAUAGUCGAAGGAAAAAUGCCUGGCCAAUAUUUAGUCCAGCGUAUUGAUAAGUCAUCUCAAGACGUUUUUCUCGCAUUUUAGGUCAACCGAGAGCUUUGCGUAAUCACAAUCCACCUCGUCAUCCCGGCCAGUUCACUUGCUUUCCUCCCCAAGCAUUCCACACAGCUUUUCUCGCGCCCCACCAUUCGCCGAGUGCUCGCAAACUGGGAAAGAUAAGGCGGUUAAACUCUACUGAAUGCCCGCCAGAAGAGUGUCUUGUUGUGCUAAUGCUACACAAACAAUAGAUCUACACUAAAUGAGAUUUCAAAAUCUGCUUCACCUUAUCAAUACAGCAUUUGAGGAAUUUCCUCGUUGAAUGGCAGAAAAGGUUCUAAUGCUUGAUGGCAAGAUAGUGGAAGAGGAAAAAUCACAUUGGCUGACAAUUUGCUCGUCACUCGCGGGCGUCGCGAUGAGAUUGCGGCAUUGUAAACAAACCUAGCUCAAUAAUAACUGAUAAGGGGCCACUUUUUCCUCAAUCAUCCCGCCUCCCAUAUCACCGCGCAUACAUACUUGCGAGGAGAGAGGCUCCAAUGGGCCAAUUCAAGUCUCAUGUGUCUGUUGGAAGGCUCGCUGGUGGUUAUAAAGUUGAGAUGUUGGCCUGCGCGAACAGUCUCACGAUCAGUCAGUGCUGAAUCUCGCUGCAGUGAGGACAUCAGGCAGCACAUCAGGACGCGCGAAGGAGCUCUCUUGGGCAGGAGUGCAGAAGAGUGUUGGUCGUAUCGCGGGUGGGAAUUGGAAAAGACAAUUCAGCGGCGCGAAGAGACACAAAUUCCCAAGUGCGCCGAGUGGAAAAAUGCCUAUACGAAAUUGGAGUUGUCGCGUAUCUUAUCACUGUGGCACUAUAGAAAACACUUGGUUUUGUUUAUCACCACAUAUUGCUGGUAAAUAAUCACGGGAGAUUACAAUUAAUUUGCCAUUGUAUGAGGCUGAAAGAGAACAUUUUGAGAGAUUCAGUGUGGACGCAGCGCGAGGAGUCGCAUUAGUGAUUUUCCGGGAUCUCGGGAUUGGGGAGCAUUUGAGGAGUGCAGUU